CCUUAAAGGAGCCGCUUCCGCCGCCGCGGCCGAGAGGAGCGAGACCGGCCCGGCGCGGCUUUCCCGGGAAAGGCGCUCACGAGAGGCCGGGGAUCGGCGCGGCCUAUGGAGCCCCCGCCCGCCAAGCGCAAAUGCGGCGUCGCCGACCAGCCCGAGCCGGGGCCGCUCGCCGCCGCCGCUGCCGCCGCCGCCGUGGAGACGCUGCUGGACCUCAGCGCCCGGCGGGUGGCCGAGACCUGGGCCUUCGAGCAGGUGGAGGAUCGUUUCUCCCGUGUCCCAGAGCCUGUGCAGAAGCGCAUCGUGUUCUGGUCUUUCCCACGGAGCGAACGGGAGAUAUGUAUGUACUCAUCCCUUGGUUACCACCCCCCGGAGGGCGAGCGAGAUUCCCGUGUGCCCUUCAACCGUGGCCUGAAUCUGCUGCAGUCAGGUGCCGUUGAUCGUGUCCUCCAAGUGGCCUGGCGGAACAGCUCUCUGCCUUGCAGGACCCUGAUGCUAGGUGGCAGAGCGUUCCACCAGGUGAUAGCCGGGGCUGAUGUUAGGUGGCAGAGCGUUCCACCAGGUGGGAGCCGGGGUUGA